AUGCUAGCAGCAGUAAAGGAUCAUAAAGAAGUGGUCGAACUUUUGCUGAGAACUGAGGGCGUCCACCCAGACUCCAAAGGCUUAGACGGACGAACGCCGCUAUCGUAUACAGCAGAAUAUGGGCAUGAGGCCGUGUCCAAGCUACUGCUCGCAACUCCGGGCGUCAACCUAGACUCCAAGGACUCAGUCGGACGAAUACCGCUAUUAUAUACCACGGGAAAUGUGAAUAUAGCUGUGUUCAAGCUUCUGCUCGUAAUGGAGGGCGUCGACCCAGAAUCGCGAGGGGGGCAUGUGGAAGUAGCUAGGCUAUUACUUACAACAGAGGAUGUCGACCCCGACUCCGAGGAUUCUAACGGGGUAACUCCACUAUCAAUGGUAGUAAGUAUAGGCCGCGGAGUAACGGUUAAGCAACUUCUCGGAACGGACGGCGUCGAUCCAGACUCUAGGGAUUUUAAUGAACAAACGCCGCUUUCGCGUGCGGCACAAAGAGGUUAUCUGGAAAUAGCAGAGCUCCUGAUCGCGACUGAGGGUGUCAAUCCGGACUCCAGGGACUCCAAUAGACAAACGCCGCUUUCGCAUGCAGCACGAUUUGGGAAGCCGCCAGUGCUAGAGUUACUGAUCGCGACGGAGGGUGUCAAUCCAGACUCCAGGGAUAAUAACGGACGGUCGCCGCUAUGGUAA